AUUCUCAUUCUGCUUUAUCAGGUGUUGGUUUUCGUUUUCUGAGCGCUCAUCUCCUGCGCCUGUCCACUCCUUUUGUCCCCCCCUCCAACUCUUCGAUUCCAACAGUCGUCGACGCAGGGGACUCGCGAACAACCGCAUUACGAAAAGAUGACACAGGCAGUGCGCCGCAAGGCCAAUGAGACCAAUGGCCAUGCGCACCACCGUCUCGACGAUGCGGUGCACUCGAUUGAGCAGAAGCUGGAAGAGCAGGCGGAGCUGCAUGCGCGAAACCCUCAGGAACAGAAGGAAGCAGGGCUGUUCCAGCUCGUCAUUUGCGUCGCUGGUAUCUACGGUAGUUUCAUGACAUGGGCCUGGAUCCAAGAGCGUCUAACAACCACCACCCACGGCCCCUCCAACCAGCGCUUCACAUACUCCAUCUUCCUCAACACCGUUCAAUCCGCCUUUGCCGCCAUAACCGGUCUAAUCUACCUCUUUGCCUCUGCGAAAAAAGAUCCUAAAACCGGCGUUCGCACCGUCCUCCCCAUUUUCCCCUCCCGCAGCAUUCUCCUGCCUUUACUAGGCAUCGCGCUGACCUCGUCGCUCGCCUCGCCCUUUGGCUACGCAAGCCUCAAGCACAUCGACUACGUCACCUUCAUCCUCGCCAAAAGCUGUAAAUUGCUGCCCGUCAUGUUCCUCCACAUUUCCCUUUUCCAAAAACGAUACCCACUAUAUAAAUACGCAGUCAUCGGCUUCGUAACCCUCGGCGUCGCAGUUUUUACGCUAUACAGCCCUAGCACUGCGAAGAAGGCGGCGAAGAAAAGUGGAGCGCUGAAUGCGGAUGCGUCGCACACGGUCGGCUUGGUCCUGCUCGGUGUGAACUUGCUGUUUGAUGGUCUGACGAAUACGGUGCAAGACCAUAUUUUCACCUCGUUUAGGGGUUUUACCGGCCCACAGAUGAUGUGUGCGCAGAAUAUCAUGUCGACGGCGCUGACGGUGUCGUACCUCUUGAUCACACCUCUUCUCGCUUCUACACCGCUGGCGUCGUCGCUCGGGCUCGCGACGUCGGAACUCAGCGAUGCGCUGGGGUUCAUUACAAAGUAUCCGGCUGUGGGUGCCGAUGUGCUCAUGUUCUCGGCGUGCGGUGCGAUAGGCCAGGUUUUCAUUUUCCAUACACUCGCGCAUUUUAGUAGCUUGUUGCUUGUUACUGUGACGGUUACGCGCAAGAUGCUGACCAUGGUGUGGAGCGUGUGGUGGUUUGGGCAUGAGAUUACGAGUAUGCAGUGGGUGGGUGUUGGUUUGGUGUUUGGUGGGAUUGGCGCCGAGGCGGCGAUGGGAAGGAGGGAGAAGGCGAAGAAGGCUGCUGCGAAGAAGGCUGAGUUGGAGGCGGCGAAGAAGAGGUAGAUGAGUUUUGGGGGGGGUUGAAGAUAUAUGGCCAUGCUUUUUUCUGUACAUUUGACGCACACUGCCGUUCUUCGCUCUGGGACUUUUGAAAUAGGGGGGGGAGG